AGCCACAGCCAGUCAGUCUCCCUCCGGCAGUCAAAGGAGGAGGGUGUGUCGCUCCUCCCUCCACCGCACCUCAGAGGAUGCCAAACUUGCCUCGUGUUAGCGUGCGAUUCCUGGCGCUGCGGUAACCAACUGACCCUGGGAUACGAACUGUGAACGCGGCUUUGUUGGGGACACAAUGAAGCCACGAAGCCAGUAAAUAUAAAGCAAUGAAGUGAAGUUUAAUUAAUGUACGUGAUAUUGUGUCCAUGUACGUGAUUGGAGAGUCGGAGUCAGUGCGUAUGUACGUGUAAGGCAAAUUUGUUUGUCCGUACCAAAUUUGGAACGUCCGUGAAUAAAGGGGAAAAAAGUACAGUCCUUUCCGCCCGUGUCCUUGAUAUCAGCGCUCAAACAGACCACUAUCUUCCCUCUUAGCGUCACUGUAACGGAUGCCGCGAAUGUGACGGUGAUAGGGAGUGUGAGAGUGACGGGGAGGUGAAGUGCUGGGAGAGCGAAGGAGUGAAGGGGAGUGAAGGAAGGAAGGAGAUGUGAGUACCUGUUAUGAUCCUGUCCUUGCCCACAAACACAGCCCUGGAAAAUUAUGUCCAGGCGGCGGGCAUGGGCGGCGCCAGCUGGGUCAACAGUGGGGGUGAGUGGGCGGGGGAGGGGGGAGUGUGACUGCGCCGGCCCCCCUCCCUCCUUCACCCUGCCCCCUCCCCCGCGUCCCCCUCCCUCCCCCGAGCAGCCAUACCACGCCCCCGGGGACUGCGAGGCGCCCCUGACGUGCCCGAGCAUUCUUGGGGCGCGGGAGGACCAGCGGCCAGGGGGAACACGCGCCCCUUUAGCGGUGGUGGUGGUGUCCGCGGCAACGCUGGUGGUGCUGGUGGUGGUGGCUGCCGUCAUUGUCUGCAGGCUGCGUGGGCGUGGGCGCGCUCCCAAGGGCUGCACGGAGCUGAGCGGCGCCAUUAUUUACGAUGACCUCCCCUCGGCGCCCUCCAUCGUGCCUGCCCGCGCGCGCACAAGGUUCAAGCCGGUGCCCGUGGACGGUGAGAUGGUGGGCAUGACGAUGGGCGUGCACCUGUACACGCCCGAGCCACGCAGCAACGCGCCCUCAGAGCACCUCUACCAGAGCAUCUCCUCAGGCAGCGAGACGUGCAGCUACAGCACCAGCGAGGCGGCGGCUCACGACGGGCGGGCGCUGCUGCGGGGGGCGCGGCACCCCCGCGCGUGCACGCGGCGACACUCACAGACACGGACAGCGAGGAGGAGCCCCUGGCCGCCCUGGGGGUACUGGACCCCAGCGACACCGACACCCCCUCCCCCUCCCCCGCCCAUGUGCGCUACUAUUGCCCCUCCGCGCCGCCCCUCACCCGCUCCCCCGGCCCAGACUACGAGAGCGUGUACUACGUGGGCGGCGCCAGGCGCGGGCGCCCCCACACCCCCCAGCAGCGCGGUCUGCCCCCCCUGCCCUCCCGUACCGACAGGUUCCGCACCUACUUCUCCGUGGAGCGCGGCCACCACCGGCGGCCGCGGCGGCGCCCCCAGGACCGCCGCCACAACCUGCACCACAGCCACCCCCCAGAAGCGGAGCCCCUCUACGAGAACCUCACCUAGUGACGCCCGCACCCCAGCCCCACUCCGCACCCCUCCCCCACCCACCGCCAGCCGUGUCUGGCUCCACCCCGCCCCCCGGGCACCCCUCCGGCCACGGGGUGACGCGAGCAGCAGUGACGUGUCCGCGUGCGUGUCUGUGUGUAUGUGUGUGUGUGCGUACGAGACGCGGGUCCUGUGAUCUCAGGUGUAUGACAGCCAGGUGUGUCGGCCCAAGUGAUCCCCCCCGCCCCCCGCCCCGCCUUUUGUGUGGCGCAGGGAGGCAGUGCUCCCCGGGACGCACCAACAGACUCCACUUUCUCGUGAAAUUCACAACUCCCUCCCUUAGACGAUGCCCGUAGCGCGGCGUGGCGGGGCGGGGCGGGGUGCUACGGAGCCAGUGAAGCACAAGGCGGAGCAGUGAAGCACACACGUGACGCAAUGACACAGUGAACCGAACCAAAUGUGUAGGAAGGCGGCGAGGUCACGGGAAUCCCGAAACAUGACCUGGCGACGCGUGACCUCCCGUGACCUCACAAUGAACACAACCCCAGCGAACUCACAAAUGAACCACUGAGCCACCAGAGACAGUGAGCGAGGCAGUGCCGCGCUCGGGGCCGCGAAUCCCUGUGUGAGCCCCGCGAAGGUAAUCACAGGUGGCUAAUUGCAGGUGCUUAAUUGCAGGUGGUGCAGGUGCGUGGGAUUCACCUGUGCGCCGGAAAUUGCAGGCCAGGUGUGACGAGGACCUAAUCUAGUCUUCAGAACGUCCUUUAACUCUCACUCGCUCACUCGCUCACUCACUCAUCGUAGUUCACAGUAACAACACUACACCAUUCCACUCACUCACUCACUCACUCACUCAGACUUCCUUCAUUCAUUUUAGUAUGCUUUCAAUUCAUCAUUUCAUAUAUUUUUUCCAAUAUAUUACCGUUCAAAUAUUCUUUCUUUUAUUGCGUCUUUGAUGUAAGCCAUUUAAUUUUUCAUUGUUCUCUCAUUUAAUUAUUCAAAUAUUCUUUUUCUUCACUAUUUCAUAAUGUUAGUGUACAUUUUUACAGCAUUAUUUUUGUAUUGUCUUAUCUUAUUGCUGUAUAUAUUUCCCUACAAUAUUAUGAUUCACCCAUCCUAUUUUUUCUCGUUCCGUCAUUCAAAUAUUCUCGUAAGUAUUUCAUCAAGGGAUUCUUUUGACUAUAUAGUUCAAACAAAUCUCCCAUCUGCUAUCCACAUAAGCUUUAAAAUCACCUACGACAUCUUGAACAAUCAUCCACUUGUCUGAGCCAUUCCACUCCUCCGCUCCUCCACUUGCUCUACCUGUACUCUUCAUAACUUGGUCAGGUGAAGCUAUCCACUAAUUAAACUCCACUAGAUCUUGAUAAUUACCUGUAAACGCUUCAAAAAAUUAUCCACUUAUCUUAAUCAUUCCACUCUUCCACUUUUUUUACCUGUACACUUAAUUAUAACAGGUAAAGCUAUCCACUAAUUAAAAUCCACUUUGAAAUUAGCUACAAUACCCUAAAAAUUCAUUCACUUAUCUAAAUCAUUCCACUUUUCUCCACUUUUUCCACCUGUCCAGUCAAUAAUUAAGUGGACAGGUGAGCUUAUCCUGUCUAAAUGAACGCUCACCUCCCGGGUCAUGCCAACAAGUGUGCUACUCGUUAACAAGGUCACCUGGGACUCACCUCUCCACUCCCUCACCUGCACAAAAUCAUUUUUUUUUUUGUGUUUUUUAUUCGUACUUUUUAUUUUUUUUUAUUUUUUGCUUCAUUUAACUUUUUUUUUCAUUUACACCGUUUACAGUUUUAUUUGACGGUUCUUUUUUUAUAUAUAUUUUUCUCAUUUUUUUUAUUUCUUCAUCUUGUAACAUUCUCUCUCUCUCUCUCUCUCUCUCUCUCUCUCUCUCUCUCUCUCUCUCUCUCUCUCUCUCUCUCUCUCUCUCUGACUUUCACACUUUCACCUUCUGUUAAAGCACAAAUUCACAUACAUACAAACAAACAAACAAACAAAAAUAACCAGCCUACCCCUACCCCCUCUCUCCCCAACCCCCCACCUCCCUCCCAGGCCUACACAGCUUAAACUCCCGCCAGCUUACAAUAAAAAGUGUAGCCGAUAGAGCUUAAUGAAAAAAAUAAUAAUAAAUAAAUAAAUAAAUAAACACAGAGGCAUUCAGAUACUCUCUCUCCUACGCCCUACAAGUCAUUCACUUUAAAAAAUCAUCAUAUAUAAUUUUAAAAUGCAUUACUAACUCCUACGUAUGUUUGAAUUUUAUGUAUUUGUUUGUUUGUUUGUUUGUUUGUUUGGUAUUGUGUAUAUAUCAAUGCCUACUUGUUUGUUUGUUCGUUUGUGUUUGUUUGUUUGUUUGUUUAUUUGUAUGGUCUAUUAUUUUUUGUCUUUUUAUUUUUGUUUUUCUUUGUUUUUCUUUCGUUUCAGGGUGUAAUUUUUUUUCCUCUCUCUUUUGCAUGUUUUUCCUUCUCUCCCUUUUUAUUUCAUCUUUAUUCAUCCAUCUAUUUUAUUUGCUUCUUUCAUUUCUCUCGUGGUAUUCUUCCUCUUUUAUUUCUAUUCCAUUUUAUUCCUUUUUUUGUUCAUAUCUUUUUUUUUCGUUUUAAGUUAUAUAUUUUUAUCAUUUAUUUAAUAUUUACUACUUCCGAUUUAAACACAGAUAAAAUUUUACUCUAUUUUUUCUUUCUUUUUUUUUCGUGUGUAUCUAAAAUAUUCCACAUGCUUUUUAUUCCUUUCAUUUCGGUUUGUACUCCAAUUUUUAUCUAAUACAUCAUUUUUUUUUACUAUUUUUUUACUUUUUUAUUUUAUUUUUGGGAUUUCACUGCGGUGUCAUUUCUCUUUUCCUGCUUCACCUUUUUUCAUUCAUAUUUUUGCACCUGUGACAUAUGCAGGUAAAAUAUUGCGUUCUGUACAGGUACGUAUUGAUUGGUGGUGGUGGUGGCGGUGGUGGUGGUGGUGGUGGACAGGUGUGUGUGUGUAAUAAUGAAUAGCAACAAAAGGUGUGUUCGGGGAGAGGAGGGGAGGGGAGGGGAGGGGAGAGGUAGCUUAAAAAAAACAAUAGUUAGGAAUACUCAAAGUGUUAACUAAUUCAAAACAAUUCCGCGUGUGUUGCUUCCUUUGCAUUCAGGUAUUUGUGGUUUGCAAUUACUAAACACACACACACACACACACACACACACACACACACACACACACACACACACACACACACACACACACACACACAGGUGGCAACUUUUGAUGUCAUAACAAAGCCACUCAACUUUAUUUUUUAGGGUUUAAUAAUUUCCUAUCCAUUUUGGUCAUUUACCCCCUUUCCUCCCUCUCCCUCCCCUUCCCCCUCUCCAUCCCCCUCCUCCUCCUCCUCCUUUUCCUUUCCCCGCUCUUUGUGUUUCCUUUUCUCUCUUUUUCUUUCUAUCUACCGUUUCAUCUCUUCCUUCUAUUCUCUCCAUCUCUCUAUAUCCUUUCUCAUUCUCUCCCUUUUAUUUUCUUUGUUACUUAUUUCUCCCCUUUUCUUUAAUCCUCUCUUCCCUUCAAUUCCAUCUCUUUAUUUUUCUUCCAGCCUCCUUCGUUUUCCUUUCCCCAUCUCCCCUCUCCACUUCCUCCAAUUCUCCCCUCCUUCAACAGUUUUCCACCCUUUAUUCACCUCACUUCCUCUCAUUCUCUUCCUUCCUUCCUUCCUCCGCUCUCUCUCCCCUUCCAUCUAGUUUUUCUCUUCUGUAUCCCCUUUCAUCAUCUCUCCUAUUCCCCCCUCUCUCUAUCCCUCUUACCCCUCUCCCUCCCCUUUUCUCCCUUUGAUAAAUGAAUAAAAAGUGAAAUUCAUACUAAUUACAAAUUUUAAAUAUUU